AUGCAACUCUUCCAGGCUGUUCAACUUGCUCUCCUUGCAAGCACCACCUUCGGUAUGGCGAUUGAUACCUCGGUCAUUCGCGACACCCCCGACGAGGUAGAAUCUGCUCCCGUCUUAGCUUCUAGAGGCCCCGGAGACAGUAUUCCCCCUCCACCGUUAUACGGGGCCCCUCCGCGGGCAGACUCUCCGUUCUUCCCUCCUGGAGCCUCGAUCCCCAAACAGACUGAGGCACUACCUAGGCCACAACGCCAGCCAUCACGCUAUCCACAAAAACCGCAAGCACCCAGGCCAGCACCCGAGGCAGAAGAUAAGCCUGUACCACUCAAGUGUCCAGAUCGCUUUACCGUUCCCCUCAUAGACGGCCCCAUGACUUGCGGCGCUGUUUUCCAUUGCGUAAAUCGCCGUUUUGCCUACAAGAGCAUUGAACUGGCCCAAGAUUAUCAGGAUACAAUGCUGGACCCAUGCAAGCGCGCCUGCGAUUGUGAAAAAUCUCCAUGA